UCACACUGGGUUGGGAAGGAAUACUACAUAAGAGGACCGGAUGGAAAUGAUAUUCACAGGACAAAUGUGCCUCAUAUCAGACUGGAAUUCCGUGAUACGAUAUGGCGAGAGGAGAUGCAACAAGUUUAUCUAGGCAAAGCUGUAUUUCCUCGACACAUUGAGACAUAG